AUGAUGGCCGAGCACAACGCGAGAGUUGAAGAUACGCGGUUGAUUGUCGAUUGGCAUGGCGGUGAUCACCUGGUGCGGAGAGGGAACAACUAUUUUCCGGGUGGAACCGGCCAGAUCAGCUGCUGGAGCAUCUACAAUGGUUCAUCUCUCCGUGUCUCUCUCUCUCUAACACACUAUUCAAUUGCCAUUGACACGAUUAUUAUGUCGCUGAACGAAGUCUGGGAGGCAGCCUCCACAUCUCCUUUCCACCCUCUCAUCCCCAAGUCCAGCCAGGCCACCUUUGGCUUCAACUGUCUCCUCAUCGCGCUGGUCGCUACGUGCAUGUUUGGUCUGAGUGAGUUCCCUUAA